AUUUGCUCUUCCAACUGUACUCCAACCAUCAUCAUCAUCAUCAUCCAAGUCUCUCUCUCUCUCUCUCUCUCUCACUUGCUUUCGUUAGCCAAAUGAACGUAACAUCGAAUCACAAACUGUUGAAAAUCAUCUUUUUUCGUUUUCGUCUUCCUCUUCCUGCUGUCUUUUUUAUCAUCCUGCUUUCCCUUUCCUUUUCAUUUUCAUCUUCUUGCGCUGAAAAAACACACAUACACACACUCACAUCAUCAUCAUGUUGGUUCAUUUUUAGAUCUCUGGUUGACGAACCAGAGAGCUGAUUCGUCUUUCUGCUUUUCUCCUUGAUUUUCAUUCAACAAUUACUUGAUUUAGUUGUGUUUGUUUUUGCCUCUCUUCCAGCAUUAACUACUGUGUUCACCAAUUCUGAUAUUUUUUCGGGUCAUCUACUUGUUAUUGGCCAAAUUUGAUUCCUUUACGUCCAUAGUAACCCUGAUCUAACCAGAUCAACCUUGACUGCCAUUUCUGGUUUACGUGAAAAUUUGUUUCUUUGACUACCUUGGAUCCAUUUAAUCAGCUGAUAAUGUCUGGUCAACUAAUUACUGUUCGUAUGAACCGCGGUGAUGCUUCAUCGCCUUGGGGAUUUAGGCUUCAAGGAGGUAAAGACUGGGGAACACCUUUAGCCGUAUCUAAGAUAAACCCGGGAAGUUUGGCUGAACAGGGAGGACUUCAAGUGGGGGAUUUUAUAAUUAAAAUUGGUAACUCAACUGCUCAAGAAAUGUUACAUCAUGAAGCUCAAGAAGCGAUUAAAAGUGCCAAAAACAAUCUUGACCUUCAAGUUCAAAGAGGUGGAACGUUAACUUGGCGACCAACUGUAACUGCUGUGGGUGAACUGCCUAAACCUGGAACAGUAAACUCACCACCAACAACAACAUACACCAAAACUUCACUGGCAAAAACUGGACCGGAACCUAAACCAAUCGGAACUGGACACAAUACAGCGGCAAAACCUUUCGGAGGAAACAAAAGACUACCUGCCUUGGUUCAUAAACAGUUCAACUCACCACUUAACCUUUACUCUGAGACUAAUAUCAAGGAAACUCUUCAAGCCCAUACAGAACAAUUAGCCCCUGGAGUAAUGGGGAUAAACUUUAUGAAACCUGAUGCACCAGUAAACAAGCAUUCAGCUGUUUAUCAAGCCAUUUUAGAGGAAGAACAGAGCAAAAAAGAAGUUAAAUCAGGAACAAUCGGAACUCCAACCCCAAUAUCACCAACUAAUUCACCUCGUUUGGGAAUCGGUUCAAUUACCAAGCAUGUUGAUGCCCCAAUAUCCCGUGGAUCAGGUCAAAAUAAUUCAUCAGGUGACAAUUCACAAUCAUCUCUUAACACUUGUGGUCAAUGUGGGGGAUUAAUUACCGGAGUUUUCUGUCGUAUUCGGGAUAAAUCACUUCAUGCUGAAUGUUUUAAAUGUGCUACUUGUGGUACAUCGCUUAAGAAUGUAGGUUACUUUAACGUAAAUGAAAAACUCUAUUGCGAUGCCCAUGCAGGACAAGCUGCUCAACAUUUGGCCCAAUCAACUGGACAAUCAAACAUCGAACCUAUGACCAUAAGACCAGGAGCAACUAUACCCAAAGAUGCUAAUAUAAUUGGAAUCGGAGGAAUACCAACAAAUAGUUCACCAACACCAGGUAAAGUCAGCUCUCCACGGAUAACAAUACCAUCACCAACACAGCCAUCAACCCUACACGACCGACCGACUUCCCCUUCAGUCCUUGGAGCUGUUCCUUGGCAUCACCAAAGUCCUGGAAACAUUCAUCACGUUGAAGCUCCACAAAGUCCUCGACUAUUACAAACAACAACACCAAUGAUGAAUCAAUUUAGUUCGGCCCCAGCUCCUCCUCCGGUUGCACCUAAACCACAGUACAAACCAAUGGGAUCUCAGUCGCCGAAUCUUUACCAAAGCCAUCCUCAUCCUUACACAGCUCCAUCACAAGAUGUCCAUAAGGAUGUUUCAGGUGGCCCCAAAUUUACUUGGCCUCCUCCGAAACCAGUGACACCCGUUGGAACACCAGAAGUACCUUCAGCUAACUUACCUGGUUCAAUAUCAGGUCAAACUGGAACUCCAACUGGACAACCAAUGUUUCGGCCUUUAUCAGGCAAUCAGAGGCCAUUAAGCUCUUUUGAGCUCUCCAAAUUAACACCAAACGCAACUUCCAAUGUAAACUUGCCAUCUGGAAAUGUCAGCUCUGCUCCAACAAUCGGUCAAUCGUCUAUUCCCGGUUCUAGACCCGCUCCUCGUCGAGGUAUGGGUCAACUCAAGACUCAGGUCGGACCCGGAGCGCGUAUUCCCAUUUGUUCAACUUGUGGUUCACCGAUAAGAGGUCCGUUCAUUUUGGCCUCAGAAAAGACUUGGUGUCUAGAGCAUUUCUUGUGUGCAAAUGCAAGUUGCCGUCGAUCAUUAGAGGACAUUGGAUUUGUUGAGGAACGAGGUGAACUUUACUGUGAAGUCUGUUUUGAAUCAUAUCUGGCUCCAGUUUGUGCUAAAUGUGGAAUUAGAAUCAAAAAGGAUUGUCUGAUGGCACUUGAAAAGCAAUGGCAUCCUGAGUGUUUCAACUGCAAUUAUUGUCGAAGGCCUUUUGGAAAUAGUCAAUUUUAUCUAGAAGAUGGUUUGCCAUAUUGUGAAAAGGAUUGGAACGAUUUAUUCACAACUAAAUGCACUGCCUGUGGGUUCCCGAUUGAAGCUGGUGAUCGGUGGUUGGAAGCAUGUAACAACAAUUAUCACUCAACUUGUUUCAAAUGUAAUUUCUGCCAUAAAAACUUGGAUGGUCAAAGUUUCUUUGCCAAAGGUGGACGGCCAUUCUGUAGAAGUCAUGCAAGAUGAGCGUAUCAUGA